AUGAGCAACACCCAUCUCAGAAAACCCAUUAAACAAGUCCACAUUCCAAUCUUCACAUCCACCCUCUUCCUCCUCUCCAUGGCAACCCUGUCAUUCCUCUUCCUCUUCCUCUGUCUCUCUUUCUCCCAAUCUCACUCCUCCACCAAUCUCCGCAUCAUCCAACUAGCCUGCCAAGCAACACGCUUCCCUCUCCAAUGCCAAACCUCCCUCUCCUCACUUUCUCACUACAACCUUCCCGCUAACCCUGACCCCCUCCACAUCAUCCAUUCCGCAAUCUCCCUUUCUUCCAUUAACCUCAACGUCGCUAAUUCAAUGCUCACUUCCAUCCUAGACGCUUCCGCAGGCAACCAAACCCGCGUUAAUGUCGCCAAAAGCUGCCUCCAGGUCUUCCAAUACUCUCAUUAUCGUAUCUCUCUUGCCGUUGACGCGCUCUCGCGUGGCAGAAUCAAGGACGCACGUGCCUUUAUGACUGCUGCAUUGUCUUAUCAGUAUAACUGUUGGUCUGGCCUUAAAUACGCCAACGACACUUCCUUGGUUUUUAAAACGAUGUCGUUUCUUGAAUCUCUUACCGCCCUCUCCAGCAAUGCUCUUAGCAUGAUUCUCUCUUAUCAUCUCUUUGGUAAUGAUACUGAUUCCUGGAGGCCGCCUCGCACUGAGCGCGACGGUUUUUGGGAGGAUUCCGGGUCGGCUGUGUUCGGCCAGGGACCCUCAGUGCCCACCAAUCUUAAGCCGGAUGUUAAGGUUUGUAAGGACACUGGUAAUGGAUGUUACGGGACGGUUCAGGAAGCAGUUGAUGCGGCACCUGAUAAUAUGGACAUUGGUGGAGGGAGGAGAUUUGUGAUACAUAUAAAGAAAGGGGUUUAUGAAGAGACGGUUAGGAUUCCGUUAAGGAAGAGGAAUCUUGUGUUUUUAGGGGAUGGCAUUGGUAAGACUGUCAUCACUGGCUCUGCAAGUGUCGGACUACAAAUGGGGAUGACAACAUAUGACUCUGCCACCGUAGGGGUUGUUGGGGAUGGAUUCAUGGCCAAGGAUCUCACAAUCCAAAACACAGCAGGUGCAAAUGCACACCAAGCAGUAGCAUUUAGAUCGGACAGUGAUCUUUCUGUUAUUGAGAAUUGUGAAUUCAUAGGCAAUCAAGAUACUCUCUAUGCUCAUUCCCUCCGUCAGUUUUAUAAAUCUUGCCGUAUCAUAGGUAAUGUGGACUUCAUCUUUGGAAACUCAGCUUCAUUCUUCCAAGACUGUGAAAUCCUAGUCCAGCCUAGGCAAGCGAGGCCAAAGAAAGGGGAGAACAAUGCCAUUACUGCACAUGGCAGAACAGACCCUGCUCAGUCGACAGGUUUUGUUUUCCACAAUUGCUUGAUUAAUGGUACCGAAAAAUAUAUGGAGUUGUAUUAUGACAAGCCGAAAGUACACAAGAACUAUCUCGGAAGGCCAUGGAAGGAGUAUUCUAGAACACUUUUUAUUAAUUCAUUCAUGGAAGCCAUAAUUACACCACAGGGUUGGAUGCCAUGGAGUGGAGAUUUUGCACUGAAUACACUCUACUAUGGGGAAAUCGACAACUCUGGACCUGGUUCUAAUUUGACUAAGAGAGUGUCCUGGAGUAGCCAGGUUCCUGCUGAACAUGUGUACACGUAUUCAGUGCAGGGUUUCAUUCAAGGAGAUGAUUGGGAUAGCCGGAUCAGUUAUUAG